AUGAGUGAAGCAAACAGAUACACCCAGGUACUGAUUGCGCAGUAUUUGAAACAAAAUGGCUUUGAAGAUACUUUGUCAAACUUUCUGAGGGAAUCCUCACUGCCGUUAACCUCUGUUCGCUCGAAACUACAGGAUUUGCAUCUAGAAGAUCUAGAGACUAUUGUAGGAGAUAGGAUACAGUUUGGUGACAAUGCUAUUACUGGGAGUCUGAAUGGAUUGGUUUUGAACGAUGCUUUGCCCGCAAUAGAUGAAGGAAAAUAUGGCAUAGGGUCCUGGAACCACAUAUCCAAAUUUGUGAAAGCUGGUGCAAGCGUGACGGAUGGGCUUGCUAUCAGUACAAAAUUUGAUAAAUUUGGUAAUAUAAUGUUUUCAAUGUCUAACAAACGGAUACAAGUGUACGACUCCAAUCUACAAUACAAACAAGAUUUCAAACCAGUUGCUGAAUAUAAAAGUAUAUCCAAAUAUUGUGGCCCUAUUGGAGAUUCGGAUUAUUAUUAUUCAUGUUCUAUCGAUGGUACUUUGUCAAUAUAUGACAAAACCUUUGCAGUACUUCCAAAAUGUGAUGCCAAAGUGCACGAAAAAAUGAUCACUCACAUUGUUUUUAUCAAAAUAUCUUCCACCUCUUACUAUGUGGUCUCUAGUGGUUUAGAAAAUAUCUUGAAAAUUACUUUACUGACCUUCAAAGAUGGCAGUGUGACUUUUGAAGAACUUUCAAAUUGUAAGUUAUUAUCUGCCUGUACUUCUUGCCAAGUUGGUAUCCAAAAAUUUGGAAGGAAUAAUGACAGUACUUCAAGACCUUUUAUCUUUGUUACAAGAGCCCAGUUUACGCAUGUUUUAUGUUAUACUCUAUCAGCAGAAAACAAGCUAUAUUUGCAUUGUAAUAUUGCCUUAAACAUUGCACAAUUUUCCACUUACUCUUUUGAAGUUAGAGACAUGGUUCUGAUGAACCUUAAAUCGCCUGAAUGUAGCUCAAUUCUAUCCGAAAAUUCAGUGUUGGUAGUAGCAACAUCGCAUGUGCCCUAUCUAAGAUUAAUUAUUGUGGAGCUUCCGAUGGCUCUCCUUGAAGGUGAAGGAAUUGGAAAAGGUUGCGCAACCUCCUAUGGUGGAGUCCUGAAAGACAUGGCUACCACCAUUCCUCAAAACUCAUUUUCUCAGCCAAUUUUGAAAUUUAUCCCAAAUUGUAAUGGUUUCAUAAUUGGUGGGGAUCAAGCAAUAUAUGGCAUAGACAUUUCAAGUGGUGAUUCCUGGGAGCUAGCUCUUUCUGGUUAUACCAAUAUGCAAAGAAUAAAGGCAAUCGACGUAAAUUUGAAUACCUCACAGAUUGUUGUAGGAGCAGCUAACAAAAUGAUCUACUCUUGGAAAGUUCGGAAUGAGUGA